AUGCUUCUCCCCUCGGCCAGUUCGACGGCGCCUUCGGUACAUUUCACUCAUCCUCCAUCCUCCCUACUGUGGUACAGAGCAGGACAGAACCCCCAAGCCCUCAGUCCCUCACUGUCAGACCAUACCCUCGCUCGGCCAUUUACCAUCCCUACCGACCUUUACAACACUGCACUUCAUGUCGCCAUCCCAAUCACAAUCGCCCUAGUCUACACGACCACCGUGAGCUAUGUCAACACAAUCAACAUGGAUAGAAAACACAAGCCAUGGGCUUUCAGCAAAUCACUCAUUUUCUGGGCAUUGGUCGUUGCCCACAAUGUCUUCCUCGCAUUGUACUCUGGCUGGACCUUCAUUGGUAUGCUCAAUGCGAUCCGCCAAUCGUGGCCUGGUCUAGAUGGACAAUAUGGGCUUGCCGGCGCAGCCGACGCGCUUUGCAAGAUGCAGGGUCCACGCGGACUUGGCAGUGCUACCACGUACAACACCAGCACGAGCGUCUGGAGUUUCACCGAUAAAGCUAUGAACCUUGCCGGAGACAUUCCGGACUCAACAGACGUGGGCAGGAUCUGGAAUGAGGGCCUCGCUUUCUACGGAUGGCUUUUCUACCUUUCGAAAUUCUACGAGAUGCUCGAUACCGCAAUCAUUCUCACCAAAGGCAAGAAAAGCUCGGUACUCCAAACGUUCCAUCAUGCUGGCGCUAUGCUGUGCAUGUGGGCCGGGAUUCGUUACAUGUCUCCACCAAUUUGGAUGUUCGUCUUUGUCAAUUCUUUCUUGCACACGAUCAUGUACACCUACUACACUCUCUCCGCGCUUACCAUCCGAGUCCCCCAAGCCGUGAAGCAAACCUUGACGUUCCUUCAGAUUGCUCAGAUAGUCUUCGGUGCUUCCUACGCUUUUCUCCACCUCUUCGUGGCUUACGACAUCCCGAUCGAAGAGGCAUACCUUUACAUACAUAAUCUCUCCACUGCUCUUCCGAGCACUGCCUCUACUGUCUCUUCAACCCUCAGCAGCGCCCUAACCAGCGCGACAACAGCAGCAGGCCUUGGAAGCUGGCUCAAGAAAGUUGCGUUACGCGCAGCCGGAGAAGAAGGACUUGCAGAGAACGUGAGGAACUACCAAGGCGAAACGUUCGGCAUCGAUGCCAUCCAUGCAGCAGAGGUCGAAAAGGCACAGGAAGAGAUCAGAUAUCGGAUGGGCAGUCAAAGAGUUCAUUGUCUCGAUACCUCUGGGCAAGUGUUGGCCAUCCUGAUGAAUCUGGUGUACCUCGCGCCUUUGGCAUACCUAUUCAUGACGUAUUUCUACAACAGCUACAUAGCUCGUGCCCACUCUGAGCCUCCAAAACCAACCAAGGAAGAAAAUGUCAAAGAAUCAUCCCGAGACGCUGUCAAGGACAUCGAGCGAGAGAUUCGCGAAGCCAUUGAUGGAAGGCAGGGCGGAGACACUGAGCCGCCCCCAGAGUUGAAGGCGAAGCUUGAGAACGCCAAGCGUGACGUAAAGGAGAGUGCCGAGGACUUCAACGAGAAGGCACAGUCCAAUGCCAAAGACCUCGGGGCUAAAGCCAAAAAAGGCGCACAUGACCUCAGCGACAAAGCUAGAGACGCCGCGGGUGACCUACCAGCCAAGGCGCAGAAAGCAGCUCAAGAUAUGAGCAACAAGGCAAAAGAUGCGGCGGGCGACCUACCAGCCAAGGCGCAGAAAGGAGCUCAAGAUAUGAGCAACAAGGCAAAAGAUGCGGCGGGCGACCUACCAGCCAAGGCGCAGAAAGGAGCUCAAGAUAUUAGCAACAAGGCAAAAGAUGCGGCGGGCGACCUACCCGCCACAGCACAGAAGGGCGUAAAAGAUGUCAAAGAUACUGUGCAGGAAGACCUGAAAGCUUUGCAGGACAAGAUGAAAAAGAUGGGUGGCGAAGGCCCCAAGUCGAAGGGCUCACAGGAUAGCAAGGGAAAGGCUGAAGCUCCCAAGCGUUCCGAAUCACCAAAGAAGAGCGACCCCUCGAAGCGUUCUGAGUCCCCGAAGAAAAUGCAGAACGGCGGUGGUGGCUCCAAGCGUUCUGAGUCACCAAAGAAGGGCCAGAGCGAAAAGAAGGAGGUCGAUGGGGACGCGCGGGCCUAUGAGGUUGUGCCGGACGAGCCCAAGACCGAGGAAGAGAAGAAAGCAGAGGAGGAGAUGCAGCCCAAGUUGGGUUAG